AUGCGCAGAACAGCACCAGCAUCAUUUGCACAAGCUCGUAUAUGGCUCGAUGAAAGAAUUCGAUUCGAUCCAGACAAACCACAAAUAGCAAUCUAUAAUAUGCCUUUUGUUUAUCGCCUCCAACCAGGUGAUACUUUAUCGAUUAAACAACUUCAUCAAGCUCUGCAGCUCACAAUUAACAAACAUCUCUCACUUCAAACAUCACUUCAUUUUGAUAUCCAAAAGAAUCAACUUAUGCAACAAGUUAUUACUCGUGACGAUAACUACACUGAUAUGUUUUCAAUCAUCGAAACAACUUAUGAAACAGAUGAACAACUCAACGAGAUUUUACAUGACGCGAAACAUAAUCCUCAUCUUUUUGAUCUUUCUCAAGGUCUUGUCUUCCGAUGUCAUAUUAUUUAUUACAAACGAAUCUCUUCACAUAAUCUACUUUCUGACAAAGAUAUACUUAUCUUUAACUUUCAUCAUGCUUUGUUUGAUUUUCCAUCAAUGAAUAUAUUUCAUCAUGAUCUCAAUCAAGCAUAUACAACAGGCCAAUUAUUAUAUGAUGACAACCCUAAUCUUCGUUAUCUCGAUUAUGCUGUUAUUGAACAACAAAUGUCAAUGACUGGUGCAAGUAUGUUUUGGCUUGAUGUUCUGGAUGAUUGUAAACUUGAUCAGUCUUUAUCAUUACCAUUUGAUCGAUAUCGUCUUGCAAAUGAACAUCGAACUGGUCGGGGAACAUCGAUUUCAUUUGAUUUCGGUCAAGAUCUCUCACAUCACUUUCUUCUCCAUGCAUCACCAAAUAACAUAUCACUGGAACAUCUCACAUUUGCUAUUUAUUUCAUCUUUCUAUUUAAAAUAACUAAUGGACAAACAGAUUUAUGUCUGGCUAUGAACAUCAAUAAUAAUCGAUAUAGAGAUGAAUUCAAAACAAUCAUUGGAUUGUUUGAGAAUGUCAUUCCAUUACGAUGUCAGUUAGAUCCUCACUGGCGUUUUCAUCAAUUGCUCAAACAUGUUCAAGAGAUAACAACAAAGAGUAGGAAAUAUUCAUAUUUUCCACUUCAACAUAUUCUCGAUCAACAUCCAAAUAUAUCAAAUCCUGUAUUUCUUGAUACAUCGUUCGAGUUUAUAUCAUCUAUGGCAAAAGAUGAGAAAAAUGAAAUAAUGAU